CAUGCUGGAAAGGGGCGGGAUCUUUGCCAUCCUUUGUCAGCAGUUUGCGGCGCAUUGUUUUUCUUUUGGGGCAGGACUCCGAAAAAAUACAAUAUUAUAAUUUACCGAAAUAAUGUGCGUUCAACGUUUACGUUGAUACCGUGUAACCGGAAGCCUAAAGGGCGUUUAACCUAGGUUAGUUCGUCUCUCGGAAAGUGUUGUAUUUUCUGGAUCGAACCAGCUUAACCGUUAGCUAGUUAGCCCGUCGGAGAGGCUGCCCUGAUUGGAGCAGGAGGAAUUCCAGGCUGUGGGAAGAAGGGAGCAAAUCUUAGCUACUAUGCUUCACGCAAGUUGGACAACAUUGGAUUUUACGACUUGUAUUGGACUCAUGUCGCUGUAAACCCGAAGUAUGUUCUCAUUAGACUGAAACAAAACCACGCGGAUAGUUUUUGGUGCUUUUGUAGCCACUAAAAGUGCACGUUGAAGAGCCAGUUAACCACGUAGCUGCCUCCUCAGCAGGAGGACAUUUAAAAUGGCGGAAGGUUGGCCCGUUCCUCCAGCUCUUGUUGUCCUGCUGCUGAGUUCGAGUGCCUGGGUCACUGGCUCCUGUCCUGCUCCGUGCUCAUGUCCGAAAGGACAAGAUGAGGUCCACAUGUUGGAGUGCAACAGGAAAAGACUGUCCGCUGCCCCCCUGGACGUCCCAGACGGGACAACCCAAGUCACCCUGAAUUAUAACGACCUGACUGUUUUCCCCCUUCUUGGAAACGUUUCGUCAAACAUUACCUCGCUUUCAUUAGUCCACAACAGGAUCUCAGAGUUGCUGCAGCAUCAGCUGCAGCCGUACGUUUCUCUGGAAACGCUGGACCUGACGUCCAAUUCCAUCGCUGAGCUGAGAGCGGGAUCCUUUCCAUCCAUGCAGCUCAAAUAUCUGAAUUUAAGUAACAAUAAGAUCAGCCUCCUGGAGCCCGGCUGCUUCGAGAACGUUUCCGGCUCGCUGCUGGUGCUCCGGCUGAACAGGAACAGAUUGGUUACGCUGCCGUCUAAAGUCUUCAGACUGCCCCAGCUUCAGCUACUGGAGUUGAAGCGCAAUAAGAUCAAGAUAGUGGACAGUCUGACGUUCAAAGGGUUGGAGUCGCUGAAGUCGCUGAAGAUGCAAAGAAACGGCAUCACGAAGCUCAUGGAUGGAGCGUUUUUUGGACUGAACAAUAUCGAAGAGCUAGAGCUGGAGCACAACAACCUAACGGAGGUUAAUAAAGUUUGGCUGUAUGGCCUCCGCAUGCUGCGCAUCCUGCAAAUCAGCCACAACGCUAUAGGCGUCGUCCGUCCCGAUGCCUGGGAGUUUUGCCAAAAACUGGAGGAGCUCGACUUGUCCCACAAUCACCUGACAAGACUUGAGGACUCCGCUUUUGUCGGACUGGGAUCCCUGGAAGCUCUGAACCUGGGAGAAAACUCUAUCAGCCAUUUGGGAGAGGGCGUGUUCAGCGGCUUGGCAAAUCUGCUCACCUUAGAUAUUCGCAAUAAUGAAAUCUCAUGGGCCAUCGAAGACUCCGUCGCUGUGUUUGAUGGGAUGAAGAAGCUGAACACACUAAAUUUACAGAGGAACAAAAUCAAAUCCAUCACUCAGAAAGCUUUCGAGGGGCUGGAUGAGCUCAAGGACCUGGACCUCAGCAAGAAUAGCAUCAUGUCCAUACACCCUGAGGCGCUUUCCCAUUUGGACCUCAAAGUAUUCGUCCUGAACACAAGCAGCCUGCUGUGUGACUGCCACAUGCAGUGGCUGGGUCCUUGGCUGACACAGCGAGGGUUUCAUCGCUCCGUCUCCGCUGCCUGCGCCCAUCCUGCCGAUCUUCUCGGCCGCAGCGUCCUGUCAAUCGGCCCUGAGGAAUUUGUCUGUGAUGACUUCCCCAAGCCUCUGAUCACCACCCACCCGGAGACCUCUGUGGCUCUGAGGGGCAACAACCUGACGCUGAGCUGCGUAGCGUCCAGCAGCAGCGACUCGCCCAUGACCAACGCCUGGCGGAAGGACGGGGAGGUGCUCUACGAGGCAGAAGUGGAAAACUACGCCCGCUAUCAGGACGGACAGCUCAUCUAUACCACCAUGCUUCACCUCCUUAAUGUCAACUUCACUGACGAAGGCCUUUACCAGUGUGUCGUCUCCAAUCACUUUGGCUCCAACUACUCAAACAGGGCGAAGCUUACCAUCAACGAGCUGCCCUCCUUCCUUAAGACGCCGAUGGAUCUGACAAUCCGCACCGGGGCUAUGGCGCGGCUUGAGUGCGCAGCCGAAGGACACCCGUCUCCGCAGAUCGCCUGGCAGAAGGACGGAGGCACCGACUUCCCCGCCGCCAGAGAGCGGAGGAUGCACGUGAUGCCGGACGAUGACAUCUUCUUCAUCGCUCGUGUGAAGACCGAAGACAUGGGAGUGUACAGCUGCACGGCUCAAAAUGCAGCUGGCAGCCUCUCGGCGAACGCCACUCUUACCGUCCUGGAAACCCCGUCCUUCGUGCGGCCGUUGGAGGACCGAACGGUGGCCCACGGAGAAACCGCAGUGCUCCAGUGCAUAGCCGGCGGCAGCCCCGCUCCUCGACUCAACUGGACCAAAGACGACGGGCCUCUCGUGCUCACAGAGCGCCACUUUUUCGCCGCAGCCAACCAGCUCCUUAUUAUCGUCGACGCGGGGCUAGCCGACGCCGGGAAAUACACCUGCAUCAUGUCCAACACCGUCGGUACGGAGCGGGGUCACAUCUACCUCAGGGUCUCCCCCGUGCCCAACUGUGACACGGCAUUGGCGUACAACCCAGAUGGCUGGACCACCGUGGGGAUAGUGGUGAUCGUAGUGGUGUGCUGCGUGGUCGGGACCUCCCUGGUCUGGGUCAUUGUCAUCUAUCACAUGCGCAGGAAGAACGAGGACUACAGCAUCACCAACACCGAUGAGAUGAAUUUGCCAGCAGAUAUUCCAAGCUACCUGUCCUCUCAGGGUACUUUGUCAGAGCCACAGGAAGGCUACAGCAACUCUGAGGCAGGUAGCCACCAGCAGCUCAUGCCUCCCCUCUCCAACGGAUACAUUCAUAAGGGCUCCGAUGGAGUGUGCUACGGAGACACGGGCAACGAGGUGGAAACUGAAGGGAACGGGAUGCUGCACUGCAAGAUGGGCUCUCUGUUCACCGGCCGUAGCAGCUUCCAUCCUGGCGAGCCUCGUGACGGAUUAGCUGGAGUCUCCUCGGGUGGUGCAGGUCCUCUCGUCAUCUGCUCUGACUGCUAUGACAACGCCAACAUCUACAGUCGAACGCGAGAGUAUUGCCAAUAUGCUUAUCUGGGGGAGGAUGAUCCACUGGAUAGGGCUUUGCCCGGCCUGAAGGACGACCUUGGUGACAGCAACCACAUGGAGGACGCAGCGGUGGACAGCCUCAUGCACGAUCAGGACUCAUCGGUGUAUCUGGCUUCGUCUGAGAAAAGGUUAAACCACGCUGCAGCAGACCAAUAUUUUAAAGAUUCUCUCAGCAGCUCUUUAUGGCGAGAAGGGGAAGACCCGUCCUCGGUACCUCAACCUGGAGCUUCCCAUUUCUCAGUAACAUUACACAGGACACCUCCUCUGACCUCUACUGCUGACGGGCCAGCAGAGCAGCGUGAAGCGGAGGCUAACUACUUCCCAAGGCAGCCAACCCAGGACCACAGAAGUGCCUAUAAUAGGACUAACCCACAGGAGCAUAGUGCUCCCACAUAGGCUCUUUAAAUCCAGGCAGUGUCAUGCCUCAGACUCGUUUCCGUCCUUACCCUUUACCCACUACCUCCAAAGAGAUUCCUUACUUUCUGCCAAAGAUUAUCUCUCGUAUGUUUACAUUCCCCCCCCGUUCGCCUGAGAGGACAUGCUAAUGUUCUCCGCUUUGGAAAAGACUGCUUUGUCAGGCAGGAUUAAUUAAAGCGACCUCCUUCUAGACAGCCUCACCUCAGGAGGACCGCCCUCUGUCCCGCUCUGUCCGUCCUUCUUCUGUCUCCCACAGGAGGAGAGAAUGAAUGUAUGCUUUAAGGAACCCUGUCAGAUGCUGCCCCGACAGCAUCCCAAGACCACUUCCCAGCGUUUCCGGUACCGGUUGCAGAGUACUGCACGUCUUAAGAAGAAAACACUAAGCACCCCUUUUUCUCAAGUGGAGGAAAAGAGGGCAAUUAAAGAGACAGAUGUCGCUCCCUGACCAGCAGUAUUUAGUUGAGAAUAUUGGAAGGACUCUUCAAGGCUUACCUCUCAUGUUUCCACAGCCAUUCUGACUGAGUCUUAUGCAAAUUCCAGAGACACUAACACCAAAACGUGGUGUGCAUUAUAAGUAUAUACAUACAUUUUCCCAUGUAUUAUCAUCAUUUGUUGUUUCUGUGUUUAAACACGUGUUAUUUUACACUUUUUUUCUAUUUUAAGAAUGAUUUUAAGCAGUUUGUGAAGAAAACCAUUUGUUUUGCACAUGAGACAAUCACAGUUUUGCAGGGUAUCUCCUGAUGGUUGUCUAACGGAUGGCCUUUUUUUAAUAUAUAUAUAUAUAUAUAUAUAUAUAUAUAUAUAUAUAUAUAUAUAUAUAUAUAUAUAUAUAUAUAUAUAUAUAUAUAUAUAUAUAUAUAUAUAUAUAUAUAUAUAUAUAUAUAUAUAUAUAUAUAUAUAUAAAAUAUCUCAAGCAUUCUCAGUGACCUUUAUUUCUACAGUAUGCACUGAUUGGUUAGCCCUUUUGUACCCUUCGUUACAGGCACUUCAUGUUGGCAAACUUUAUCGUGCAGUUUACUCUCUGUUUUUAGGUUGUAAAGAGGUUUUAUUUUAGCUAAGUCAGAAAAUUAAUGAUCCUACAUAAAUAAUAAUAAUAAUAAUAAUAAUGAAACCUAUGAUUUCACUCUGGACUGUGAAAAAGGAAUGUAUCGUGUUAUUUUAUGUGUAUGUACAUAAUGUUAUCUAAUGAAUGCCACGCUCUAUUAGUGCAUUUGAGGUGAGAAUCACAGCAGCUACUUGGAAAAAAAAAGCAACUUAAAUGUGUGAGCAGUGUCCACAAAUGUUAAAUUUGUUUAAAUUUUAUUUUGAUACAUCUAGACUUUCUUGCAGUUUGAUUAUUUUUAUUUUUUUAGUAAAGGUAAAAGACGCUAAUCGCUAAAACUCCUGCCGCACGGUUCCAAACUAUCCGCUGCUUUGUUGUGGCAGGACUUGAUCUUUGGAAAUUCCUCCAUUUGUAAAGCUCGAAUCAAACUGUUUUUUGGCAGUACUGAUCAUUAAUACAGGUUACAUUACAACACAUAUGACCGCUUCUAUUUAGGCUACUUGUACUUCAUGUGUUUUCUGCUGCUUUUGUCACAGUUUUUUUUAUUUUUAAUGUCCAGCAUCAGCUUCAUCCCCAUGUGUGAGAGUUGAGGGUUUGAUCUGUUGUCGGGAUCCAGUGAGUAAAAUGGUACUAAACUCAGAUAUGCUGAAAUUAUCUGUCAAGUGUGUGAUUAUAUCGCCUCAUGCUGGAUUUUCUUUAAAUGUCACAAUGUAUAUCGUUUCCCUAUUUUUUUUAUCAGCAUUAGUUCCAGUUGCCUUAAAGAGCAGGUGGUGUUCAGAAGUCUUGUACCUCAGUGAUGUGCAGGCAUAAACUGAAAGUUCCUCUUCUGAUCUUUAUUUUUUUGAAUCCGUCUUUUUUUUUUGUUUUGUUUUUUUUUUAUAAACCUUAUCAGCAACGUUUGUUCCUGGCACUUUUCCCAGCCUGUUGUUAUUUUCUGAACUUGGCAUCAGCAGCAAAGCUAAUGACCAACUGGUAUCCAAGCGAGGAAUAACGCCUUGGCGCGACGGCGUGGUCUUGUUGUUUUGUCCCACUCCUUGUUUCAGCGGCACUAAGCGCAUGUUCUGCCUUUGGAAACAUCGUCGGUGAAAAGCGUGCAGUCGUGAGUGAUCCGAAUAGAUUUAUAUGUUAAGUGUUUAACGUUUUUCACACCAGUGCAGCCUUGGCUAUCACAAAUCGUGCUUUUAUUUCUCUAAAACAUCCAUCCUGACUUUAUACCAAAGUUCAACCGUGACUGCUCUGGCAGUAUCCAUUGCUGCUCUGUUUGCUUUGUUGAAGUUUUUGCCUUUUUUCUUCUACUAAAGUGUCUAUUUGUGCCGUAUGUUGGACCUUGUUUACUUGUACAUUCUGUAUAGCAUGUCUAAAGAGGCUUUUUUGUUACAUAGCAAUUACUCCCAACAUUAAACAUUUGUUCUCAUAAAUUCCA